CUACCCCAUGGUCUGCUCGACUAUACGCACAACGAAGUUAUUACUUCCUUGAAAUCCUUCUAUAUAAUACGCUGCGGGAUCUAGCAUUUCGUAUCGGGUGUCAUAAUUAUGUCGAGAUCACCGCACACUCCUAGCCAUUCCCGGCAAACUUCCGCCAUCGAUACCUCUUUUCAAAGCUCGAGUCCCAAUAUGUCGCCUCGCAGCCGACGCCAGUCGAAAUCCUCCUUUCAAGACCCUUUAACACCCCUACGCAACAGUAUGAACGAGUCUGAGCUUAAUGAUCUCAGCAGUGGUGGUAUGGGUCAGGAUAAUGGUCUUGGAAAUUUGGCGGAUGAGUUGGCUGAUGCUUUGUCUGGAUCCGGCGAGGAGGAAUAUUACGAGGACGGGGAAGAGCAUUCGCAAUUCGGAUUUGAUGAGGGGGACCAAGGCCAAGCGCCGACUGAUGGGAUUAGGGAUAGUGGUGUUGACGUAGAAAGCCAACCGGAUCACCGAGAGAAGACUAGGAACGCAAGCCUAGGCAUACCUUCUCCCCCUGGGCGCGGCCACCGACGGACUGGAAGCGCAUACGACGGGAGUGAAUAUGGUUCGGAAUCCGAUUUAGAGUCGCCUGGUAUGCCGCCGAGUCUGGUUGCCAGGAUCGAUGCUGUGGAAUCUCUAGCCCGAAGAGGGACUGAAAGCAAUGGUAGUUCUAGUGACGCCGUAUUUCAACGAUUAACAGACGGACUGAGAGACCUCGGGUCACAGUCUGGCGUAGAGGGUAGCACCACGAGAUUAAUAACGGCUCACUCGGCCUUGGCAACACAUCUGGCGCAUCAGACGCGGCAGAUCCAUAACCUCACCUUCCCUCUAUUAUCGCCGCUAGUUCAGCCCCCGGAUCCCGAUACUAUCGAUUCCCUUCUACCGCUACUAACUUCCGUCUCGGACGAAAUGCCGCGGCCCGCGACCUCGGCUCUUAACUCUCUAAGCGCUUUGCAUUCCGUAACAUCUGACCUCGUGCAAACGCUGAAUUACCUUUCCGACACACUGCACAUGUCACGACAAACCACAACCACCGCUACAAGACGGUUAAGAAUGGCCAAGGAAAUGGUAGCGGAGAUAAAACGCGAAGAAGAGCUGAGAGAGGAAGGGGAGAGGUGGUUGACGAAAGGUAACUGGGGCGAGAGGCUACAAAAGCGCGAGUGCGCCGGCGUAUGCAGGGAAGUCGUUGGAGGCUUCGAGGAAGUAUGUAACGGCUGGAGGGCCCGUCUAUUAGCCCAGGCAGAGUCGGCAUAGAAAUGACUUGAAACGCAGGGACACGCGUUCGUAACGAAGCCAGGAAGCAAGCAUAUUUUAUUUUUCGAGCAUGAUUCGGAAACUGACGUCUGUAAUAUGCGGCUGGGUUGGCCUUGUUAGCUCAGACUUUAUUUUGUCAUUUUUUUCGGCAUUGCGGUGGAUGCGUAUUGAUUACAACUCAAGAACUUGGUGGCGUUGAUAUCAAUUGGGCGGUUUUGACCGGUUCUUAUGGCCUCGGGAUAGACAUAAAGACUCGAAUGAAAAGCACAGUACCCGACGGUGAUGGUGCUUCGUUAAUAUACACAAUGGGAAUGCUCGCCGUCUUGGGUACGAAACCUGUUGGUGGACUAUGGUUUACUCAUAUUGAGACUUCGUAGGUAUCCCUUUCGGGCCAACCUCGCCGUUGUCUCAGUCCAUAGUCUAAUAUUCUCAGCAAGCUUAAGAGCGGACUAGAUCUCAAUAGAUUAUAGGCUAGAGUAACAUUGGAGUAUCUUGAUUCUAGAACAUUGAGUCCUGUAUACCUCCUUCGGCUCUAACAUAAAGAUCUAAGAUUGAUACUAGUGAGAUAUAAGAACCGAAUCAUGCCAAUGUAUUAUACGUAGACAGAUUGAACUUUAUAAUAAUAUACGACAUUGAGCGCGAC